GACCCCGCCCGCUUUCAUCGGUCAUCGGUCAGCACCACCAUUCCCUCUUCCCAAUGCCGUCCUCCCCGUGGCCACCCACUGCCGGAGCUCCGCCGCCGGGAGCGGCGGAGGACACGACCUCCACCGCGGAGCUGGAGCGUCGCCCCGUCGAGGGUUCCCGAUCUCCCCCCGCGCAGAAGGAAGGGUCCGUGGCCGCCGCCGCCGCCUCGGCGCAGGAGAGCAUGGCUCGGCUUCCGUCGGAGGACUACUUCUCAGAGGUAAAGACCCAGGAGCAUGGAGAGAAAAUCAACAAAUAUCAGGGUAUGCUUGCAGCGCGUUUGAAGGCCAAAUAUUUUUCUAUGGAAAAAGGAGACAUGUUUGAAGAAAUCGUCAUACAGUCUGAGACCAUUCGACUAAGCAGGUGGCCAUUUACAAGGUUAUUUGCAGAUCCAGCAAAAUUUUGCCGAGAAAAGAGCUAUACUGAGAAGGAGAUUUCUCCAUCUCUGGCUGGGACAGCCAUGUCGAAUAAUUAAGCACCUCAGGUUUUAGCCGAAGAAAUAUCUUAACACCUGGCAUGUGGCUAGUAUCCCUCAUGACUAUCUGAUGGAUAAGGGCUCGGUAGUUUUCACCGCUAACUUGUACCAGUUAUCCUUAAAAUUAGCGACUUAGAGCUUGUACACCUUCAACAGGCCCGGAUUAACCUUAUAUUGAUUUGAACUUUUGUAGACAUGUUUGCAGGUAUACUGAAACCCAUUACCUGUAUCUAUGGAAGUACACUGAUAUCGAUUUUAUUCCCCCAUGCGGUUGUUUCAACUUUUUA